AUGUCUACUUCCCACUCUACCGGCUUCCCUAUCACCACUUAUUCCGUACCCGGCAAGGCCAACAUGCUAGCCAAUGAACGAGUGUCCUUUGCCCGAGGGCAACAACACAACCAAGCUGACGUCUCUGACACCAUAGAGCUAAUGUCAGCCAAAAACGCCUACGUCUAUUUAUUUUAUGAAACAGAAAAAUGCUGCCCCCAUGCGUACCACGCACUCUCUUCCAUGCAUAACUUCCUUGCCAUAGAUCUUGUAGCUGAUGAACUGCUAAAAGCCAUAGACUCACUACAUUCGUUGGAAAAUGAGCAUUCGCAGCUCAGCAGUCAGGACUCGAGUAUCUGUCGGGUACUCCGGAUGGAAAAAUUAGUUUUGGAAUCUUUGGAACAACACUUGAGGAUGAACUCCUUGAACGGGCAGACGGACGCAGCAAAGGCAUAUUUGGAAUUAGGCGGGAGGACCUUGCUAACAGAGUCCCUAUCGUACCCAGAACGGACCAGUGUUACCCCAGAGCACACCUACCACAUCGUCACUCAACAACGUCUGCCCACCCAGUUGGUGGAAAAAUAUAUUCCCACCGUCCCAACCAGCCUGAUCUUGCAAGAGUCGAGCCCCUCCAGUCCCCGUUCCAUUGGGUCGAACCCAAAACCACUGUCUCCCCCGUCAUCUCCACCUCAACCAGUACCAAACACCCAAACCCGUCGUCUGAUGAACCGGCGAGGAGCCCAACGCGGCCGACAAGAAGUGAUACUCCAGAUCCCCGCCGCCAGAACUCCAUCAAAACGGCAAUCUUGUAUGUCAAAGGGUCAGAAAGGCAGUCUGCCUGGCGCAACGCACAGGCCUGAGACUGGCUCUCCCUCCAACCCAAUCAACAUAGAUGACCAUGCAGCCAUGAUCGAUCAGUUGUACGCAGGAACGUACGACCUAGGAGAUGACGAUCCAACCACUCCCCAAUCCAACACCUCAUCCAACACCCAACAAAAAUACCACAAAGGUGUUCGUAACAAUGCUCCAUACUGCCAAAACUGCAGUUGGAGCAAUCAUCGCACAUACUAUUGCGAAGCCUACUAUUGCCCCAACUGUGACCGUUGUGCACUGGGACAUAGUUUUAAUUGGUGUCCCAUCCGCAGGGAAGACAAGGAUAGGAUUCUGAUGGAAGGAUUAUAUGGAGACGUCAGCUACGACGACAGUUACAAUAUUGACGGCGAAGGUACCAAAUUUUGGUGA